UCGAACGGCUCGCGCGCGCAACGCCGCAACCGCAACCCCCACUUUCCGUGAACCAGCAGCCGCCGCCGCCGUCGCCCGAUGUCCGUCACCACCAGCAUAUCCCUAGCGGUCGCCGACGCCGUAUGGGCGGAGAUCAAGUCUGCGAGCUGCGCAUCCGACGAACACCUAUCCAUAUUGGAGACGCUGUUCGGCAAGAACAUGCUUCGCGCCUGCAAGAUCGUCGACGAGCGCGGCGUCCGCCGCGUCACCGGCGCGCCCAGCGGCCGCUCGCUCUUCCUGGUGAUGGGGGAGUCGAAGAGGAAGGAGGAGUACCUCUGCUUCCCGGAGCACCUCUGCACCUGCUACUCCUUCUUCUACGACAUUGUCGGGCGCGGAGAGCAGCUAUGCUGUAAGCACCAGUUAGCGGCGCGGCUUGCAGAGGCUGUGGGAGAACACCAGGAGAUGGAAGUUACAGAUGAGGAGCUCGCACAUAUGCUUGCAAAGCUCUGACAGUGUGCAACUGAAUUCUUCAGAAUGCACAUAACAUUUAUGAAUUGUUUCUUACUUUCUCCUCCUCUCCCAGUAACACUGAUGCAAUGUACAUGUACUUAUGCAUAAAGUCGUAAAGAUUACAGUAGGAAAAUGGCAUGCCAGAAAAUAGGGUGGAAUCAGCAUGCCAUCAUCAACUUUUUGUUUAUAUUGAACAAUUGACUUAAGAAUGUAGCCUGAUGUAUUCAUAGUCAUAUGAACUGAUUGGCGAAUUUAGAUGAAUAAUUUGUUCGU